AUGACACAGCAUGCAUCGCCGCUUCCACACACGGCCAACAACCACGCCGCUAUCGAGGCCAAGAUGCCGCCCACUUUACGAACAACCGAGACUUCCAUCUGCCACUCAUCGCCGCCCCCGACAUCGCCACCAACGCCGCCCCCGCCAUAUGGGGUGGAGACAUCACCACAGGCGGAGGGAGCCACACCCUUCCAGCCAUUGUGGUACAACUGGCACGCGGGGGUCGGGUGGAAACGUCAGGCAGAUGCAGACCCGCCGCCUCCGACGCCGCCCCCUGUUUCCGCUCAGGUGCCAACCGAGACCGCAGAGACCAACGACACAGAGCGGCACAGCAAAGGGGGCGGAUAUGUGAACUGGGCGGAGCUGACGCGCUCCACCGUUACGCCGCCUACACUGCCACCAGGCGCCACCACGCGCGCCACCUCGGGUGUGCUGCCGCCUGCCGCUGAGGGCGCCACCACGUGCACCACCUGGGGCACGCAGCCGCCUGCCGCUGAGGGCGCCACCACGCGCGCCACCUCGGGCGCGCCGCCGCUUACCGCUGAGGGCGCCACCAUGCGCUCCACCUCGGGCGCGCCGCCGCCUGCCACUGAGGGCGCCACCAGGCGCGCCACCUCGGCCGCGCCGCCGCCUGCCGCUGAGGGCGCCAACACGCACGCCACCUCGAAUGUGCCGCCGCCUGCCACCGAAGGUGCCGCCACGCCGCCGCUGCCCACCUCGGCCGCUGCUGAAGCUGACGCACAGGUACCCGACGCCGCCCCAUGGACAGCCGCCCCGGGUCUACCAGGUGGUGCCGAAGACGGCAUCGACGUCGAUGUCGUGCGCGUCUGUCUCGUUUUGGUGGGCUCCAUCCCCUGUGCCUCGAAGCCAGACUUGGUUCGGGAGGCGUCAGGUCUACAAGGGACGUCGAGGUUGGUGGCUCCGGGACAGGAGGCGGUGGGAGCGGGAUUGCUGGCGUCAGGAAGCCGAGCGUCGGCAUCGGGACGGAAGGUGGCGGGAACAUGGUACGUGACGGUGCGGAUGUCGUCGGGACCUGGGCAGGUGCCCGGAUAG